AUGGUGACGCUGAUUGCAGAGCCGUUGACGAUAGAUUCUUUCAAGGAAUAUGGGACGAUAAUCUCUCCAGAGGAGGAAAUCUCGAGGUUAGGCAGCCUCGAGAAAAGUGCCAACCAUGGGACUGCAAUCAAGUUGCUUCAGGUAAGCCGUGUGGAGAACGGGUCCAGUAGCGGGGUUCCCAAUUGGAACUUGUUUCGUUGCUUCCCGCAACCACACCUGAACAGAGCGUUCACACCUGGGUCCACUCGGGGGGUCCUUCACAAGGUUGAAGUUCUUGAAAAGCACCCGAGUAGUUCGCAGACGUUCGUGCCCAUGGGUAGAAAUUCCGCUGAAGUGGCAUACUUGAUAGUCGUGGCCAAAGAAAUUGCGAACAAGCCAGACUUAUCUACGGUAAGGGCAUUUACAUGUUUAGGUGGCCAGGCUGUGACCUACGGCUUGGGCAUCUGGCAUGCUCCCAUGAUAGUGCUUGGCGUGCAAGAGCACUUGGACUUUGCAGUCCUGAUUUAUGAAAGUCUGGAUCCCGAAUACCCUGAGCGGGACUGUGUGGAAGAACACUACGGCCACGCCGGCAUCCAUGUCACCGUCUAG